AGCGUCACCCGGGAAUUGUUCGUGGCCAGACAUGCCCAUGAAUGUGGCGGAAUCUAGGCAGAGUUCCUGCUGGGGACUGUGUGGAAGGAUGGCAGCUGCAGAACCUUUGACUGCUUUCUCCCGUUGGUACCUCUAUGCCAUUCAUGGCUACUUCUGCGAGGUGAUGUUCACAGCUGCUUGGGAGUUUGUGGUCAACUUCAACUGGAAGUUCCCAGGUGUCACCAGUGUAUGGGCACUCUUCAUCUAUGGGACGUCCAUCCUCAUUGUAGAAAAGAUGUAUCUAUACCUGAAGGAUAAGUGUAACAUACUAGUACGCUGCCUGAUUUACACUCUAUGGACGUAUCUUUGGGAGUUCACAACUGGCUUCAUUCUACGCCAGUUUAAUGCCUGCCCAUGGGACUAUUCACAGUUUGACUUGAACUUCAUGGGCCUCAUAACCCUGGAGUAUGCUAUCCCAUGGUUCUGUGCAGCAUUUAUCAUGGAACAGCUAGUCAUCAGGAACACCCUGCGUUUGCGUUUUGAUGAGAAUGCUGAACCAGGUGUACCCACAUCUGUUGCAACUUUGGCCAAUGGUCAUGUGAAAACUAACUGAAUUGUACUUUAGACUACGCUAAGACUAAGCAAUCGCUCCUGCCCCUUCAUUAGAGACUUGGGAUGAUGGCCUCAACAGCAAAACUCCUGUUUCCUUUACGAUAAACAAACCUCCUGGGUUUGGAGGUAUGCAUGAAAAAGUGGAAUCAGUAGGUUUUCUAUGAAUGUUAUUCUCUUUCUUUCUCUUGGUUCCUUUUUUUAAAAAAAACAAAACAACAACCCUGCAAGUAUCAUUGUCAACUACCUGUUGACUAGAUAGUUUGACUUGUAACUUACUCUGAAAACAAUUCUGUGAUCAAUACUUUAUUAUAUCUGGGUUAGAAAAAACAAAAGGCUGGCCCAAAUUGUUCAAAUAACAUUAGUAGAUAGCCACAGAUAUCCCCAGUUGACUUAGAAUUGGCUUAUAUUUCAUUCAGGUGCUUGCUUGCAACCAAUACCUCCCAUGGGACCUGAGAUGCUGCAGAGUCAAGGAAAAAUCAAUUCCUGUUGAAACAGCCCAACAAAGUGGCACACUACUGUGGAGAUAGAACUUGCCCUGUUGUGUACUUUUCUUAAGGCUUUUUUAAGUUGCACCACAGUGUAUAAUAUUAUGGUGCUGGGCAUCCUGCUGAAUUUCUAUAAAAAUAUUACUUUUUGAAUCAUCUAUUCUGACGCUCACUAGAGUGUUUCCCACUCUCAUGUACCUAUUUUUUAAAUAAAGAACUAUUUUGCUGGAUAAAGUCAAUCAUUGCUGUACAACCUGCAUUAUAGACAUGUAGGCAAAAAAGUAGGAGAAAAAUGGCUAAAGUCAUCUCUACCUCUUCCUCUCACACUUUCUGGUGGAACUCAACAGGAGGGCUCCUUCAGAGCUGAUUCUUGCUAACUUUCAUUGUGACUGUUUACAUCAUCCAAAUCUUCUCUGGCUUCUUCCAGGGGGAAUUUUCUAAUCUCAUAAAUCCAAGUGUCUAUAAAUAUGGACUAUUGACAUCACAUUGAAAUCUUUGUUUGAUGCCUGGAUUAAUUGGGAGUGGAAAUCCUGCAGGACAGACUCUUGAAAGGCCUGUGGUCAAUCUUUUUUGUAUUGAUCUUCUCUGCGGUGGUGUUCUCAAUGCACAAAUGGUAGAAUUAGUAGUGCAGCAAUAUCUCUUCAUAAAGCUAUUUAUGAGCAACUGUUGAUGUUUGCUGGGGAGGAACUUUGAAGGAUCAUCCUUCAAGAUGGUUCAAGUGAGUGGAAAACAACACAAAAGGGCUGCAGAUAUUCUGGAGUCAGGGACCAAAGUGAAUGUCCCAAGAGAAAUAUGUGAUAUGCAGGGACAGCUAAAGAAGAAAUAGCAAUGAACAAGAAGGGGUUCUUUCUGGAAGCCAUCAAAAGAAUCUGUUCUUUAGGUUCAUAGAAUGAAAGAGAAAUGAAAAAAGAGAAGGGAGUCACUUGAACUAAAUACAUCCAAUAGCUUUAAGAAGAUAUGCUAUCACUAGGCUUCUUGGACCAGAAAGAAGUCCAGAUAUCAUUUGCAUAGAACGGAAUGCCCUGAGAUGGAAUUGCACCAGCAACAGAAUGGGCUUGUACUUUUGUGGUGGCACCACCUCUUUUCUUUAAAAUAAGACUGUCUUGCUGUUUGGUAGACAACUGUUAAUUUUUAACUAUCUGGCAGUUAUUUUAUUGUAGAUCUGCUCACCUGAUAGGUUAGGACCACCAUUUGAAGAACUCUCUGCCCCCAGUUUGCACUGCCAGGGAACCUUGCUACUUAUAGCCCUGAUGGCAAUAGAUUUGGAAAGGUUGAGUUCUAUUGUAGGAACAACAAAGCGGGCAAGCUGCUACCCUGAGUAAAUGUUAUGUGGUCAUGAUUAAGAACGAAGGUAAUAUUAACUUGAUUGAUAUUUUCAGAGAGUGAUUAUUUUAUUUCUUUACAUUUCCCCACAGACCUGAUAUCCAUUGCUGGUAGUGGAUGAGCAGGAAUAUUAGCAGUGGAAGUAUUCCCAGGUCUGCCCUACUGUAUUUAUUCUCCUGACACACUUAACAGGAUUAAACUUUGUAAUUUAUAUAAAAAUUCUUAUAAUUCUUCCUUUUUUUUAGUUUUAAUCGCUUCUGAUCCAAACUAUGUUUCAGGAAAGGGAGGGACCAUGCAGAGCAGAAACCUCUGUUAUUAGCCUUGCAAUGAUGGCUAUCCAUACUAAAAAAAUAAGAUAGCGGAGUGAAUCAUAUUUCUUUUACAUGUGGCAGGAAAUGGGCCACAUUUGCACUUUCUGGUAACCAUCAUCUGUGAAGCCUUGGAAAAGGCUAGAGAACUUCAGUCUGGCCAUUACUUGAAGAUAUGUAUUCUUGGUACACUUGAAGUUUAUGAAAUCAUGCUACAAUUAAUGAUGAUGUUAUCCAUUCAUCAUGUUGGACUCUUGCAUUACAAGUGCACUAAAUGAAGGUUAAAGAUAGUAAAAUUACUGACUACAAAGGAGUUGGAUUUUUGUACUGGUAAUACCAUUUCCCUGCAUUUGACAAUACUGUAAUACAAUUCUAUGUUCUUUAGGGAUUGAAGAUAAUAAUCUGAUUCUAAAUUACCUGAUGUUUCAUAGUGGGUCAAUAAUUAUGACAUUCUGCAAAUGUGUUGCAUUUUCCUUUGUUACCUUAGCACUUCUAAAACUUAUUUGAUGUCAUUUUCUUUGGUAUAUUGUGCACAAAUAUUUCCAUGCACAAAUACAGAAAAUGUGUAUGCCAGAAUCUAGACUGAGCUAUUAAUUGUUAAUAUUGUUGAUGCAGAAAUCUUCUUUAACCUGGUGUGCUUGAGAUGCAUUGGACAAAUCCCCAGGUAGCAUGUCUGGAGGUACCAGGUCAGGGAAUAUUGCCAUUCAACAUCCAUCAGAUAAUUCAUUGACUGGGUAAAUUUCCUUUAAUUCAAUGCCAAAUUCUCUCCAGGUUAUCUUAUUAGCCAGGCUGUGCAGAUCUCAUUUCUGGUCUAAAGGAAAUCAACUUACUAGUAGCCAGAGAUUUUUCACUUUUAAUUUAUUUAUGUUUCUUUUAUUUUUUUUCAAUUCAAAUGGAUGUGGAGGUGGUGGGGAAAGAACCAAACUACUGAUGUUUUAUUACUGGAUUAUUAAUGACAGUUAUAUUAUUGAUAAUAGUCACCAAAAGGCAGUGGAGGAUACACUGGCACUUGAAAUGCAUAAUAAUGAAAUAACUCAGUUAAAUUUUUGCUUGUAUGUGUAUCCUCCUCCAUAAAUUAAAAUUGCCUGUUUGAAUUCA